GACCACACCGCCCCCGACAUGAUGACUGAGGCUCUUCGAGGCCAAUCAGGGAGACAGGCCUGACUUCUCUCUUCCCUGUUGGGCAGCCUAAUGGUUUGGUCAGUGGUUUUCAAAGGCCUGUGGACUCUCAGAAGCUCACAAGUAAAAUGGCCCACUGGAAGGAAAUGAAGAAAGAGGAGCUGGAGAAGCAGUACUCCCCCAGCCAGUGGUCUCACAGGAUGGCAGCUGAUGUAGUGGUACAGGCCCAUGCAGCCUCUCUCAGAGAAGGCACUGACAGAGCACGCGCUGUGGCACAGACCUUUCUCAAUGUACCUUAUGGAGAAGGAGAGAGGGAGAAACUUGACAUCUACGUGCCUCCCAGUCCCUCACUAGAUUUACCUUUGGUCAUUUACAUCCAUGGGGGAUACUGGCAAUUUUUAAGCAAGGAGGAGUCUGGAUUUUUGGCUGUUCCUCUGGUGCCUAAAGGUAUCGCAGUAGUGGCAGUUGGUUAUGACACUGCACCCAAAGGUGACAUGGAUCUGAUGGUGUCACAGGUGCGGCGUAGUGUGGCAUCUGUUGUCCAGCAGUACUCUCACAUCAGUGGAGUAUACCUGUGUGGCCACUCUGCAGGAGCUCAUCUGGCUGCUAUGGUCCUCUGUACUGACUGGUCCCAGUAUAGCACCACGCCCAACAUCAAAGGUGCAUUUCUGGUCAGCGGUGUUUAUGAUUUGGUGCCUCUCAUGUCCACUUACGUGAACGAUCCCCUGAAGAUGACAGAAGACGUCGCCCUGAGGAACAGUCCCAUGCAGCUGGUUCCUCAGCUGAAGCAGUUCUCUUCGGACUGUGAGAUCGUGGUGGCAGUAGCACAGCAUGACUCCCCUGAAUUCAGGAAGCAGUCUUUAGAGUUCUUCCAGGCUUUGGAAUCCUCGGGGCUGAAGGUCAUCUUUGAUGAUGUCCCCAACACAGAUCACUUCAAUAUAAUAGAACAGCUAGUUAACGAGGAAUAUCAUCUCACACAGCUCUUGCUAAAGACAAUAGAAAGAAACGCGGCGAGUCGCACACAGGAGCCCUGACCUGAUCUGCCUUUGGGGAAUCCUGCUCAGACGUCCACAUCUGCGUUACGCCAUCAGUUAUUCUCCGAGUCUGAAAAUGCAGUAGUGAUUAUUCGUGUUCUAACUGGUAGAUUGUAAACUUUGGUGAUGAAGAGGACAGAAGCCGAGUCAAGAAGGAGCUGGUAAUGUUUUCAUGCUCCUUCUGUGCGUGCAGGGGAAUUGCACUGGAAAAGAGUGUCUGAGACAUGUUCCUUUCUGGAGCUGGGCAAGGCUGUUGCCCUUUAGCACAUUAAUGUGAUGGUGUCCUUAGAAAUUACACUUACUGUAGUGUUCACAUCAGUAUCAGCAAUGUUUUUAACUUCACCCAAGGAAAUGGUAGCUGUAACAAACAGAUCAAAGUCAAAGUGAAAUUCUGAGAGUUUUCUGAUGCUGUUUUUGACAAACCGCCAAGUAUAUUAUGACUGUAGAUGACUUGCUGCUGAUAAUCUGUGUUCAAAAAGUGGAGCAUUAAUUUUCUGAUAAAAUCCAUAUUUUAAACUGCAA